UUUAAAAGGCAUCUGAACCUGAAAGAGGAGGCAGACACUGAAAGGGAGAGAAGAGAAGAGCAACGGACAUGAUGAAGCUGCAAAGUGCCCUUCUGGUAAUCUGCCUUCUUAGGUCAAGCCUUGCUCUGCCAGUUCAGAUUGGAAUUAUUGCAAGCAACAGCAAUGAGAUCCUGAGACUGAAUGGAUUGACUCUUGCAGCUCUUGGACAAACACAGGGCUCAAUAUUACCCCAGUAUGUUCUGCAGCAGCAAACCCCAGAAGUCUUGCUCACCCCACAGGUGUUGAAUUUGAACCCCCAACUGGCAGGUCCUUUUGGUCCCCAGGGGCCACAGCUGCUGCUUCCCAACCAAGGCAACCAGCUAACACCCAUGCUUGUCCCUAACGGGCAGCAAGACCAGCUUGGACCAGCACAAGACCCCAACAAUCCCAACGGUCCUCAGCAAGCCCAGAACCCGGUCCAGAUGUAUCCACAGUUUCAGUAUCCAUCUUUUGGAUUCCCACAGCUUCACAGACAGCAGGGCUACUCUUACUUUAUACCCCGGUAUGGCUAUGCCCAGCAGAGGAACCCUGCAGUUCUGCCCAACAAUGGACAGCAAAAACUGGAAAGAACCACACAAAGACCACAACUCCCACUGCAGCAGGGCUCUAAGAUACAGACAGAAAAGACAUGGCCAGCAGGGCCUAAGAAAGAGUCCACCACUGUUCCCCCUGAUCCCCGCGGUGAUGCAACUGGUCCUGGGACUGAUGAGGGUAAUGGCAGCUUUCCCUUCCUGUUUGAGCCAUAGAUGUUACAAGGAAAGAAGAAACAUCACUGCUGAGGGGAAAAGGCUUGGGGGAAUAUUUGCCACAACUUAACUGAAACUUAUUCUUUGCUUUGACUACAUUUUAAAUAAAUAAAUAAAUAAUUUUAUCAAAUGAAA